UGCGAUCGAGUUUACAGGUGGUUCCUGAAUAAGGAGGAUCUCAGUCUUGUAGUAGUUACAGUUUGAAGGUGUAUCUUGUGAUCAAUUGAGAAGGAUGUCGUCUCUGUCCAGAGCUCAAAGUUGGCCUCUGCUCUCCGGAGCCGGAAUCCCUGCAGAAGAGGCCAGACCCACAACUCCCAACAAGCACCAGCAGCAGCUGCAGGCGAGGAGGCUUCUCUGCAGACACUACUACCCAGAGGGAGGUUGGGGUUGGGUGGUCACCGUGUGCGCCAUCCUCGUGCACAUCCUGAACCACGGCGUUCAAUUAUCCUGCUCCCAGCUCGUCGCUCCGGCCGCAUUCAAAUUCCACGUGCCGUCCGUUUAUCCAGCAGGCUGCGUGUGGUCGUCGAACGGCUGAAGGAAGGAAGGAAGGACUUCUUCAGGUUUCCUUUCUCGAUCGUCCCAUUAUCCCAUCCGCAUUUGCUUAUUACUAUUCGCAGCGGUCAUUAUGAUCCUUUCAUUGGGGACGUGAGUACUGCACUUUCUGGGUUAAUGACUCCCUCAACCAAUCUUCACAGAAACCAACACUUCUACACAUCGCUUACUAAUUGAUCAGCAAAACGCAAUUAAGAAUACCAUUUAUCAAC